AUGCUCCGCAGAUUUCGGAGUCGAGGUCCUGAACAAAAAGACGAAGCUACAGAUUACACCGCAGAAUCUAUUAGGGCAGCUCAACGUGUCGAGCUGUGUGAUAGAAGCGAGAGUGUCUCGAAUGCGUCAACCGCUGCACUAUCUACGGUCUCGAAGACCACAUCGCUUAGUAGCAAUCCAUCUACCUCUGAUCUUGAGGGACUCUCUGUCGUCUACAACCCUCCAUAUUCUACAACAGACAUAAUUUUCGUUCAUGGCCUUGGUGGCUCAUCCAGAAGAUCAUGGUCAUGGGAUCACAACCCCGAAAUCUUCUGGCCGGAAUGGCUGCCACAUCAUCCAGGUUUUUCGUAUUGUAGAAUAUUUACCUUUGGAUACAAGGCCAAUCUUACCGACAACAGUACCUCUCAGAGCAUCCUCGACUUUUCCAUAAAUCUCUUAUCAGCAAUGCAGAGCUAUGGAUUUGGCGGCCCGGAUGGCAAUAAACUUAUAGGAACGCAACCUAUCGUUUUUGUUUCCCAUUCCAUGGGUGGUUUGAUUGUCAAGAAGGCAUAUGUUGUUGGCCAGCAGAACAAGAAUUUUUCUCAAAUCAUCUCGAAAGUACAUGGAAUUAUGUUCCUCUCCACCCCGCAUAAAGGCAUUCUAUAUGCGAACGCCCUGAACAGCAUCCUGGCAAUGACAGGAAUACCUCGAAAAAUAUAUGUCUCUGAGCUUGACAUCAUGUUGCCGUCGAUGCAAGAUCUACAUGUCCAAUUCCUUGCUGUUUGUGACCGUUUACGGAUUGUCUCUGUGGUUGAAUCUAGCACCACCAAAACUGGGCCGGGGAAAAAGCGGAUAAUUGUAGAUCGUGAUUCGGCUGUCCUCAACCUGCCAAAUGAGAUUUGGACUCCACUCCCUGCAGACCACCAUACAGUCUGUAAAUUUCGGGAUCAAUCUGACUCAAAUUUUAUCACAGUCACCGGCUAUCUGAGGCGAUUAACUGAAGGAUCAGAAAUCCACCCCGAGGGGGUGCUUAUGGAAGCAUUGGGAAUCAAGCAAGCCCCGGAAGACGACCUUUCCCAAUAUUUAAAACAAGGGACGCCGGGAUCCUGCCAGUGGUUUCACAAUCGUGAUAGUUUUAAUCGAUGGCUUGACAAUAGCCCAGGUACAUCCACCAACAUUCUCUGGCUUACGGGGAUGCCAGGAGCUGGCAAGUCAACCUUGUCCGCCAUGACCAUCGGUUUGCUCCACGAACGGUACUUUAAGGAAAAUUGUCAAUCCUAUUUCUUCAUUGGGUCCCAGCCAACAAAAAGACGCGUCGCAUACUGCUUGCGCUCAAUCGCGUUUCAGCUGGCUCGAUCCAAUCGAGAGUUUGCCGCCAGGCUACUUCGACUGUACCGUGAGACUUCUUUGACUAUUGAAAACCAGAAGUUUCAGGCUAUUUGGGAUACAAUUUUUGAGGGCAUUAUCUUCAAAAUGAAUUUCACUCACACUCUCUAUUGGGUGAUAGACGCUAUAGAUGAGGCAGAAACAUCGAAGGACUUCGUCGCCCUUCUCAUGCAGAUGCGGCCAAGAAGUCAAAUCAAACUUUUACUCUUCAGUCGGCCCUUGAGCGAUCUGACGAACCUCGCUUUGUCUCGAAAAGGCGAUGUUUGCCUGGAGUCUACUUCCAUCUCAGACGUAAACGAGGAUAUUAACAUCUACCUAAAAGCUGCUGCCCCAAUAACUUUUCCACGCAAUCCAGAAAUCCAACCGAGGGUUAUUGAACAAAUAUUGGCAAAAGCUGAGGGCUCAUUUCUCUGGGCAAAAUUGGCAUUGGAGACAUUACGGCGUACCGGCCACCUGGAACAUGAUAUUAGAACGGCUUUGGACGACGUUCCGAGCGACAUGGAAUCCAUGUACGGAAAGAUGCUGCAACAAAUUCAUAAUUAUGAUAUACCGAUGUUGCAAGAAGUGGCUAUGGCAAUAUUAACAUGGGCAUCCUGCAGCUUUCGCCCACUUCGAGUUACCGAGUUUGAAACCGCGCUUCGACGAAGGUUUAAUAAGAAACAAGUCAGUUUCAAUGAGUCGACUAUCGAAUUAUGUUGUCAUUUUAUUCGUAUUGAUAAGGAUCAAGUGUCUCUGAUUCACGCUACUGCGCGGAAAUUCCUCUUUAGCAGCUCAAAUGGACUGCCCCCAGCAAUAGAUUUCCAUGUUGGUCAUGAAAGUCUUGCUAUAAUCUGCCUCGACUACCUUUGCGAUGAUAAGCUGCAGCCUACCCUUGAAGCUGCGAAGGGUGACAAGCCCUCCCGAACACCUGAUAUGUUGAACGUAAUCUUGAAGGCACAUCCCUUCUUGGGAUAUGCCAAAGAUAAUUGGGCUUUCCAUCUGAGCCACUCGACCACUCAAUCCCCGCAACUCAAAGGCCUUCUAACCCGCUUCUUCAACAAAUAUGUCUUAACUUGGGUUCAUGCAGUAGCAUUUUUCAACGAAUUACAAACCCUUACCCGUACUGCUCGGUACCUGAAAGCUUAUAUGCGUAAACUAAGAAAAACUGGGCAUGUUUCUGCGACAUCUAUCCCAAUCCCCAGUGAAAAGGAUGGGACAGUUUUACCCUUAGAGCUUUGGACCCUUGAUCUCAUCCGACUGGUGGGAAAGUUUGGCUCAAACUUGGUUCAAAAACCUUCGAUCAUUCACCAACUUAUUCCUCCUCUAUGCCCGAAGGAUUCCAUCAUAGCUGAGGUCUAUAAUGAACCGAAAACAUCGGCUGUAGCUGUUAAAGGUGUGCCUUUUCGUGGCUGGGGUGAUAAUCUAGCUCAUCUUUCCGUUGGCCAAGAUGAGACCGCUUCGAAGGUUCGCUGUGCAGGUGUCUUUUUCCUUACGCUCGUCUCGAGCAAAGGGGCGAUCAUUGUUUGGUACGCGGAGACGUUCGAAAAACUUCGACUCCUAGAGCACGGCGAAUGGGUGACUCUCAUGGAGGUCAAUAGAUCGCGUACUUUACUGGUUACAACCGGACGAUAUACCUUCAAAGUAUGGGAUAUUUCGACAGGAGAACAGAUUCGUUUACUUAAAAGAGAUCGCCAGGCACGAGUCAUGUGUAUCAGUUUUGGGGAUAAUGAUUCCGAAUUACUCGUGGGCUAUGAUGACUGCACAGUUGCCAAGUAUGACCUUUGCACGUCCGGCGUUCUAGCAGAAUACGAUGUGGAGGAUAGGAGCGAUCGCAGACAUAGUUGUCCGCGCCUCAUGGCAAUCAGUCCCGAUCUAUCCAAGAUAGCUGUUGCAUAUCGCGGACGACCCGUGCUCAUUUGGGACCUUAUUGAAGAUUCUUCCCAGGAACCUAAACGGUGUAUCCGGGACAAAGACUGGGAACGAUUGCGAACCAAACCACAGGGCGACGUAUUUUGCGCUCCCGAAAUAGUAUGCUGGCAACCAAACGGGAUAUCAUUGUUCAUUCUCUACCAGGACAACACUAUUGUUCAUUGGUAUCUAGCAGAAGAAGGCUCUCAAACUGAAUAUGAAAACACCGAAGCCCGCGAGAUGGCCACGAGCGACGACGGGACACUGCUUUUGACCAGCAGCAACACUGGAACAUUGAGUGUUUGGACCGUAUCAAAUUUUAAUUUAAUAUACAGGCUUUAUUGCGGGCCGUUCGUUCGGGACCUCACUCUCAGCCCUGAUAACCAGCGUAUCUACGAUGUACGGGGGUCUAUUUGCAACGUCUGGGAACCAGAUGCACUUGUUCGAUUAGAGGAAGGAGAUCAAGAAGAGGGUUCAAGUCUCUUUGGUGGUUCCGACGUCUCUGAGCCCACAUUCUCGCGAGGGACACAGGACACUCCCAUAACCACUUCUGUGGCCUACGACUGUUUAGCUGACUAUUAUGUCUGCGGAAGAGAUGACGGCACAAUCUGGCUUCAUGAAAUGAAGGAAGGUGAGAAAAUAAAAAAGCUCUGGAGUCAUUCAGUCAUGAGUGAUGUCAUUGUCCUUGAGUGGUCUCCGUCCCGCAGGUUCCUUGUCUCCGCGGAUGAUGCCGGAAAGGUCAUCCUAAAAGCACUCGGCAAAAAAGAUGGAAAAUGGAUUGUAUUCAAUGUUUUCGAUUUCCGAAUCCGGGAACUUGUUCGGCAAGCCCUUUUCAGUCCCGACGAAAGUAUGUUGCUCGUUAGUACUGGAACGAUGGAUUGUAUCUGGAACAUCAAGAAGAAGAGCGAAGUUAGUAGGAUCAGAUGGCAGCAUCCGUCGGGACGAAGGUGGUUCAACCAUCCAUCUGAUAUGGGCAAACUCAUCUGGAUUGACCCAAAGGAAUAUCAUGUUCAUCACUGGCAGGAUUUAAGACGCGUUGAUGACGUACAAAGCCCGACAAUCGACAUGCAACAGUCCCGGUUUGGAAAUAUUUCAAAGGACACAGCCGUACAGGUCCCAUCUUUCAGUUCAAACCCCUCUGCGGGAGUCCAGGACAAUGUCCAGAAAAUUACUAAGACUAUUGACGGGCGUUACCUGAUUUGCGAAAUUGGCAGUGAUACAACUCCAUGUUUGAGGGUUGAUGUUAUCCUCGCGUCUGAUCUAGAAUCUAGUACACAGAAACGCAGGAACCUAAUCAUGUCGGGUACCGUUCAACGAUUUCUUGGUUGCAUUUGCCCCCGUACAAAACCCUCGGCCAGUGAGGGACAAUUAGUUUUCCUUGACUAUGAGAAUUGGAUAUGUACACUUGACUUCGAUGUCACUAUGGCAAAACCCAGACCGCAGUUCUUCAUUCCAAGGGAUUGGCUAAAUACAUCAAACAUAAACUUAAUGACUUUAGCCCCCAACAGGACACUUUUAUGCCCAAAAGGUGGAGAGAUAGCUAUGGUUACGCACCGAAGGGGAUUGGAGUCCUGAGUGGUAUUUUGGUCGGAGCUGACUGAAUGCAUCGUAGCAUGCAGACUACCCUUAUAUCUCCAGACCUCCAAGUUAACUAUGCAGUUACAUAUAUACGA